AGCUGUUAAGCGCAGGAGCACUUACAGCGGCACCAACAGUGGCAUUUAAAAGAAAAAUAUUGAUUUUGCGUUUAAAUUUGUCGGUGGGGGUGCGUGAAUAUGAACAGUUAAACUUGGAAACCACCUUUGCAAUUGCCAGAAGAGUGGUUAUUAUGUGGAGUAAUGCAAGAUUGCUGCCAGGAAUACUUGUCGACAGCCACGCUAACAACUGUAAUGAUGCCUGUUUAGCUGCAGCGGCACCGACUGAGCCCACGUUUAAUAGAGCAAGAUGCCUAACACCAGUGCCAGGCCGAAGCACCGGAGGAGCCGCAGGCCGCGCAGAGCGGAGCCGGGCCGGGAUGAGCUGAUCUCCGGCUCCCUGCAGAGCGCCCAGCAGUGUCUGCUCAACCAGGACUACGGGACUGCGUUCGUGCACUACCUGCUGGUCCUCAACCUGGCACCUCAGUUCAAGGACUUUGCAAAGGAUUCCUUCAGGUUCACUCUCUUCAAAUGGUCCGAGGAGUUGGACUCUGUGGGCCGCAUUCAGGAGCUUUUCGACUGCUAUGAACAAGCGCUGGAAAUCUUCCCUGCUGAUGAGGUCAUCCUGAACAGCAUGGGCGAACAUCUGUUCCGAAUGGGAUUCAGAGAUGAAGCUGCGGGCCAUUUCCACAAAGCCCUGAAGCUGAAACCAGACUAUCCAGAAGCCAGAGAGAACUUCUACAGAGUGGCAAACUGGCUGGUGGAGCGAUGGCAUUUCCUUAUGCUCAAUGACCGCGGGAGGAACCAGAAGUACCAGCAAGCCAUUCAAAAGGCUGUUCAAAAAGGCUGCAACACUGUACUUGACAUAGGUACUGGCACUGGAAUACUUGGCAUGUGUGCUAAGAAGGCCGGCGCUGCUGAGGUGUACGCCUGCGAGCUGUCCAAGACGAUGUAUGAGCUGGCCUGCGAGGUGGUGUCCGCCAACGGAAUGGACGGCAGCAUCAAGAUCCUCCACAAGAAAUCCCUGGAGAUGGAAGCGCCCACGGACAUCCCGCACAGGGUCUCGCUGGUGGUGACGGAGACUGUGGAUGCAGGAUUAUUUGGAGAAGGCAUCAUAGAGAGUCUCAUUCACGCCUGGCACCACCUCUUGUUGCCUCCAAAGAGGGAUGAGGAUGAAGUUAGUGGGCAGUCCACCACAGGACGUGUCAUCCCUGGGGGAGCCACCGUGUUUGGCAUGGCUGUUGAGUGCCUUGAGAUCCGGCGGCAUCACAGGCUCUAUGUGACAGAGGUGGGUGGUCUUUCCAUGGCUGCAGCUGGGGAGCUGCACAGCCCAGUGAACUGCAGCUCUGAGCCAGACGACAGCAUGGAGCCAUACACCACAGAACGGCUGAGCAGGCUGCCAGGAGGAUACAAACCCCUCACGGAGCCAUUCACGGCCCUCUGUAUAGAUUUCAACAAUGUGCAGGAACUGGAAGGCUUGAGCUCUCGGGAGGUUCAAGAAAUCCGCGUGCCCGUCACUCAGGAAGGAGAGCUGGAUGCUCUGGCUGUUUGGUUCCAGCUCCACCUGGAUAAGGAGAGCAGCCUCUCAACUGGACCCCAGGAAGACACCUGCUGGGAGCAAGCCAUCUAUCCUAUACACAGUACUGACCGUUUUGUGCUGAAGCCGCAAGAUGAGCUGGUCGUGGAAGUCUCCUGCAGAGAUGCGUACCUCCGGCUCAGCAGUGUUGCGGUGCUCAGAGAUGGUCAGAAAAUCCAUCUAGACAACCACGAUUAUUCACAGUAUCCUGGAAACCACAUUCCAACCCCGAACCCUGAGGCAGAACUGUGCAGUGCAUUAGCGUGUCUCCAGACUAAUCAGAGUCAAAUAAAAGACUUCUGCAUGCUUGAAUGUUCAGAGCUGGCACUCCUGAACAAUCACGAAUAUCAUCAAAGUUUCAGCAACGCGUUAGCGAAGCUCAUGUCCCAGCUGAAGGCGAAGCAUCAAAACCACGAGCAAGGAUCCAGCAGCGGCCCGCUCUACGCUCUGGAUGUGUCGGAGGGCUUCUCUCUGCUCUCCCUCAUCGCGGCCAGCCAAGGUCACGUGAAAGCUUACAGUUCUGUGGAAAAGAGCAAGCAACAGGAAGUGCUUGUGAGGCUUGCACGCUCCAACGAUAUCCCUGAGCAGCAUCUUGAGUUUUGGCUCAAUCACAUGGAGGAUGAGCAGGAGAUGCUGCAGAGGCCGUCCAGGGAGAAGCUCUGGAGCGCCAUCAUCCUCGACUGUGUGGAAACAUGUGGCCUUAUUAGACAAAAACUGAUGGAGAAAGCUUCACUGGCCAGAUGCCUGCUGGAAGAAGGAGGACAAGUUUUCCCAGAGAAGAUUGUGGUGUUUGGCCUGUUGGUGGAGUCUGACACGUUAUUACAGGAAAGUGCUGUCCAGGGUGAGGAGCCAACGCUGGGAUUUACCAUUGCUCCUUUCAUCAACCAGUUUACUGUUCCGGUCCACGUGUUCUUGGACUUUUCCACACUGGAGUGCAAACACCUCAGUGAGGCUGUGGAGCUCUUUGUGCUCGACCUCAUGGACAGCAACGCCAACUACACGCACAGAGAAGUUAAGGUUAAGGCCGUGUCUGCAGGCAGAAUAACUGCAAUUCCCUUCUGGUAUCACAUCUACCUGGACCAGGAGAUCAGUGUCAGCACCCUGAGCCAGAACUCUCACUGGAGGCAGGCAGCCGUGGUUCUGCAGGAGCCCCUGGAGGUUCAAGCCGGACAGUGGGUUCGCCUUGCUGUGAAACUUCACAAAAGCACCAUCUCCAUUGCUGCACAUAUAGAGAACACACCUCCCCAGGAGGACUGACAUUCUCUGAUAGCACUUUUUUUAUUUUUUGUAUGGUUUAAGUCCUUGUUGCGCUCAGAUUGUCUGUGGGAAAUGUUUUGAAUACUAUACAUUCACUCUGCCAGUAUUUAGAUUUCCCAUGUAACACCUGUCAUGUUUUUCUAUGUUUAGUAGAUAUUUUGUAGUAUGCAUGACAACCUUUUUCAUAACCGUCAAUGAAUGUUACGAUCUUUCAAGUUAGUUUUUAUUUUGUACCUUGUGCUGUAUAGUCAUGGGGCAUUAAUAAAAUGUACUUAUGAGUAUCAUAUUGUAAAAAAAAAACAAGUCACAUGUUCAUAAUAAAUGCAAAAUAAAGAUUU